AGUCUGUGAAGGUGGAAUCCUCGAGAAGCGCGAGGUCCUCGCAAUGGAGGCAGGACCGAAGCAACAGCAACAACAGCAGCCACAGUCGCAACAGCCUCAGCAACAGCCUCAGCAGCAGCCUCAGCAGCAAAAUCAACAGAAUCAAAGCUCAACGGAGCAAAAUUCGUCGAACGGUGGACAAACUGGUAGCCAGGUCACGAGUCAGCAGAGCGGCCAGGCUCAAGGCCAAGCUCAAGGUCAACAGAAUCAAGAUGCGGCUGCAGUGGCGGCAGCAACUGCGGAGGCAGGAUCAGUCGAGGAGGGAGUGCUUCUCGCCAGGGUGCACGUCCCGGAGCUUUACGUCAGCAAGUGUCUUCAGUUCCCCAAGGAUCAGCUCGUCUGGGACGUGAAGCAGCAAUGUCUGGCAUCCUUGCCCAAGGUGGCCACUUGGUACAGGGAGCUGAAGGAAAGCUUCAAUUACGGCUUUCUCAAGUACAAAAGGCGGGUCUACAAGAUGCUGCAUCUGGACGAAAAACAGCUGAAGGCGAUGCACACGAGAACGAACUUACGAAGGUUGCUGGAGUACGUGGCGAACAGCCAGGUCGAGAAGAUUGCCAAGAUGUGCAGCAAGGGUCUGGAUCCUAAUUUCCACUGCCAGGAAACCGGAGAAACUCCGCUAACCUUGGCCACGACUCUGAAGAAACCGUCGAAGGUGAUAAUAGCACUGGUGAACGGCGGAGCGCUGCUGGAUUAUCGAACGAAAGAAGGCCUGACGGCGAUGCACCGAGCCGUAGAGCGGAACAGCUUGGAGGCGGUGAAGACGCUGCUGGAGCUCGGCGCCAGCCCGAACUACAAGGACACCAAAGGGUUGACGCCGCUCUACUACAGUGUCAUCUAUAAAACCGAUCCGAUGCUGUGCGAGACGCUGCUCCACGAUCACGCCACGAUAGGAGCGCAGGAUUUGCAGGGCUGGCAGGAAGUGCAUCAGGCCUGCCGCAACAACCUGGUCCAGCACCUGGAUCACUUGCUUUUUUACGGCGCGGACAUGAACGCGCGUAAUGCAUCUGGUAAUACGCCGUUGCACGUUUGCGCAGUGAACAACACGGACUCCUCUUGCAUACGCCAGUUGCUGUUCAGAGGCGCGCAGAAGGACAGUCUGAAUUACGCGAACCAGACGCCGUACCAGGUCGCGGUGAUCGCUGGGAACAUGGAGUUAGCCGAGGUCAUCAAGAAUUAUCAGCUGGAGGAAGUUGUACCGUUUAAAGGGCCGCCACGCUACAACCCUAAACGACGCUCGGUGGCGUUCGCCGGCACGUCGACGAUGACCACGAGCUGUUCGGCCAGUAACUUGGGCACCCUGACCAGGAUACCGUCCGCGGAACAACAACACGGUGGUUCUGGCUCUGGAAGCAGCAGCUCUGGAGCUUGUGGUACCCUGACCAGAACAAUCUCUGUGGAGCAGUACACGUCGAGCAUCAACUCGGUGACGAGAGUACCGUCCGCGGAGCAAUACGCCACUGGUGGCAACCUGACCAACAGAGUACCGUCCACGGAACAUCAGUAUCCAUCUACGGGUACGCUGAACCGAGUAGCACCGUCCGGAGAGCAAUACGCCAGCCCAAUUGUGACCGCGAGCGGUACCACCGUAACCACCAGGGUAUCCACAGGAGAGCAAUACUCUUCGAGCAGUGGUACACUGACCAGAGUACCGUCCACCGAGCAAUAUCCAACCGGUACGCUCACCAGAGUACCGUCCACUGAGCAGUACGCGAACAGAACAUUGUCCACGGAGCAGUGUAUCGCGAGGACGACGGAGAAUCAUCCGUCACACGCCAACCUCGCCAGAGUACCGUCCAUCGAACCGAGCAGAACAGAGCUACAGAGAAUACCGUCCGAGCAGCACGCCAGAUCCACCGAGCAGAACGGUCAUCAGCGGAUUACACCGUCGGACUACCAGAGCCCCAAUUCACUGAGGGAUCCUAACGCGAGAUUACCACCAGCCAACGCGGAGAACUAUCAGAACGUAAGAAUGGAGGGGCUGACGAGGCUGCAAGAACACCGGCUCGAGCUUCAGCACCGUCUCGACAUGCACAGAACGAUGGAGAUGCCGCCGUCGCCGUCGCCGAGCAGCAGGAGUCUAGCUCCUUUCAGCUCGGCGAGCUCGAGCCUAUCCGAAGGCAGCAAUCAACCGUCCGGCGAAGAUUCCGCCAGCAUCGUCACAGACAAGAGUCUCGGUGACACAGCCUCUGACGUGAUUAGCGACAGUUCCGGCGUUGGAACAUCCCAGUCGGACACGACCAACUCCCUGUCGAUCCCUGGCACCACGGUUGUCUGCGUGGAGAGCUACAACAGCGGGAUCCUCGGCCAUUUGAACAUCAAUCAAGGGGACAUCCUGGAAGUCACCGGAGCGACCGACUGCGGCCUUCUCGAGGGUGUGCUUCGAGGACAGGGCACAGGUCUGUUUCCGGCGCACUGCGUGCAAGAAGUCAGGCUCCGCCACACGAACAUCCCGUUGGGCCCACAGCCUACCAGGGAUGGCCGGAACAGAGUGUUGGGUCGCAGAGAAUCGCAGCACAAGUAUUUCGCUACAGCUCCCAGAUUGAAGAAACCAGUAACGUCUGAACCUCGUACAGUGGUACUGCACCGAUCGAGAAAAGGUUUCGGCUUCGUGUUACGAGGUGCCAAGGCUACCUCGCCUCUCAUGGAGUUGACGCCGUCGGCCAGGUAUCCCGCCUUGCAGUACCUGGACGACGUCGAUCAAGGAGGCGUGGCCGAUCUGGCUGGUCUCAGAAAAGGGGAUUUCCUUAUCCAAAUCAACGGCGAGGACGUAACAACCGCGUCCCACGAGCACGUAGUCGACUUGAUCCGGAAAUCCGGGGAGUUGGUCAGGAUGACGGUGGUCUCACCGAUGAUCAGCCUUCCGAAUUCGCAGUCCGCAGCUCUGCUGCCAACUAGUCAACCCGUUCAAAGACAGUACGCGACCCUUCCGCGCAAAGGUAACACAAACGUGGUGAUUGGAGGCACGCUUGGUAGAUCGCCAGCUCCUAUGCCACCUCGAAGGGAUCCUAAGACCACGCUGAGCGUCGGUAGGGCGAGAGCAAGAUCUAUGGUCGCUGGAUUAGAAGGUGGUGGAGAACGAGACGAUCGCGACGAGAUAACGUCGACAGGAGCGAAAUCGAGUAGCGCUGAAUCGAUUCACCUUCCUCAGCAACCGUCUACAGGACCUAAUACAGGACAAAACACGCCAGUACAGCCGAGAACGGCCAGUAUUCGAUCGAGACCAACCUCCAGUAGGAUCACUGCCGCGGAACUGGAGGAACUAUUUCAGCGGCAGCAAGGUAGUACCAGUGGUCAGUACAGCUCGUCCAUGAUGAGCUCUCAUUUUCAAACUGGUCAAGCUACCAAGUCGCAUCCUUCCUCGCCUGCAAAGACCGGCAGGGUAUACGCGAGCGUAGCGGAAAUGAAACGCAAAGGCAAAUCGAGCUCAAGAGUGCGAUUCUUCGGCGGAUUGGGCGGCGGUUCCGAUCUUCAUCGGGACUUCCACAGUACGCCGGACUUGAACGUGCAGGUGCAGUCGUCUAUUUUAGCACCGAAAGGGCACAGAAGCCAGGAGGACGUGAACGCGUUGAACGGCAGAAACGGGCUUCCACCGCCGAACCAUCCGCCGCCUCCGCCACCGGUCGGGCAAGUCGUCAAAGUAAACGUGGGCGCGAACGUGCCGGACGUAGUUACACCGGCUUCUGUAUACGAUAAUAUGGCUCAUAUACAGCAAGUCAAAGAAUUGGCGGCCGUGACAGCAGAAGGAGGCUACGGAGUCAUGUCGAGCUUCCGACCAUCGAACAGCGCCAAGUUAUACGCCUCACCGGAAGAUAUGAAGACUGUAGGAUACCGUUCACGCAGUUUGCCAGCCCAUACCACUCGCUGUCACGUUAGAAAGUCGCACAGCUUGCGUACAACUAACAACACCACGUUCAAACCGUUGAACAACCAACAGAACGUGAACAACACGGUGAGCAACAACAACCAGGUGAACAAUAAUCAGUCGGCGAACAACCAGUACGCGCAGCCUCUGAAAACGAACAGAAGUCACAGCACGGUUGGUAUCAGAGAGAGGAAGAAGAAGGGUAUCAGUACCAGUUCCUCCAUCACGAAUCUUUCGUCCGUGGCGAAUAACAACAGCGGAAACACGGUAACGAACACAGCUCCGCCGAUACCAGAGCCGGAUUACAGUCUGUCCGAGUCGGAGAACGACGAGGGUGAGGAGGAAACGGACGACGAUGUAGAGUCAGAGAUCGCGAAAGAGCUCGAGAAAGCGGCUGCAAGAGAGAAGUUAGAAUCAACCAGAGAAACGUCGGGUAACUCGAACACUUCUGGUUCGAGUUCGUCCGGUAGUAGUUCGUUGCCGCAUUCCUUCAGCGUCGAAGAGAUCCAAAAGGUGAGGACGCAGUUGAAGUCUUCGAAGAGCCAUCCGAACGACUUUCUACUGCAACAGACCCAACAGUCUCUCGCCGAGGACGGUGACAACAGCUCGAGUGGAGUUAGCUCCGAUCAGGAUGUUCCGGUAGGUCCACCGACGGGUUUCGACGACACAGCAGCGAGAAAUUUGGCGAACGAAGCCAGCCAACAUCCGACUACCGUAUUGUCAGUCAGCAGCGGUGAGAAAGAGGUGAAUCCUAAGAGAACCAGUUACGGAGGCAGUGGAUUGUUAACGAGACACGCGGUUAGUCUAGCUCAGCUACCGCCGCCGAUAGAAGCGGACGCUGAAGAGCAGAGUAGCGACUUGUACGUACCACCACCGCCUGAAUUCAACGCUGGACCAUCAGCAGGGAACGGAGACGAGUUGGUGUUCGCUCCGCCGCCUCAGUUUAGCGACAACAAGCAACAGCAGCAGCAGCAACAACAGCAGAAUCGCGUGAAGAUAAUCGGGGCGAUACCGAAAGUUACCAACAAUCAAGUGAAGGCUUCCGGCGGACGGUUGCAUAACCAGUGAAGAGGAGGAGGAGGAGGAGGAAGAGUAGGAGAGAAGGAUCGUUUGGUGAAUGAUCGCUGAUGAACAGAGACGGUUUCGAGUCGCGUGAUCGUGGAUCACGAUUUGCCAGAGUCAAUUUAAUCUUUCCAUAUUAACCUUUCUCCAUCCGAGAGUAAUUGUGUUUACGUAAAGACGCACAGCGUCGCGCGUGAUCCGGACACCAUUUUCUCCUGUUGUAGGAAACGAUUUCUAUGCGGAAACUCGCUCGAUCGUUGAAUGAUGAAAAAAGAAAAGAAAAGAAAUACAUACGCGAUUUUUUGCAAUAAAUUUUUUCACCGAUUAAACGUUCCAGUCGGGGAGUUUUGUAAGGAACGAAUGCGCGCGUCGUCUCUAAUCACACAACUAUCCAUACACAGACAGGAUAUUCAGUGAAUUUUUACCGUAAAACCCUAGAAUACAGAUCGUGUACGAAUCGCAGAUAACGUUAGAAUUAAAGAAAAAGGAAAAAAAGAGAGGAAGAAAAGGCGUGCGUGCGAUGCUUUCUAUUUGCGGAGCGGUUUGCCUGCGUCCGUGAGCGUCGAACUCCUCCCGUAGCCGUCUCGUGGAAUGGCCUAAGGGGUGAA